AUGUCCUCUGCGGCAGAGCACCAGCAAGCCUUGGUACAGACGGGCCUCUGGAAAGCUCUUGGUGAGGACGGCCUGGAUUCCACGGUUCAGGGCCGUGGCGCCAACUUCUCGGUCGGCCAGCGCCAGCUGCUUUGCUUCGCCCGCUCUUUGCUGCGUCAGGCCCGCGUGAUGCUCCUGGACGAGGCGUCGGCCAACAUCGAUGCGCUCACGGAUGCCACGCUCCAGAAAACGCUCAGGACCUGCUUUACUGGCUCCACGCUGCUGAUCAUCGCGCACCGGCUGUCGACCAUCGCUGACGCCGACCUACUGGUGUGCAUGGACAAAGGCAAAGUCGUCGAAGCAGGGCCACCCGCGACCUUGCGCCGCAAUGGUGGCGUCGUGGCGAAGAUGUUCGCAAAUGCAGGUGAGCCCGAGCUGCCACCAGCGAGCUUUGGAGGCGAUCUGCCUUCCACCAAGCACUCCCUCUGA